AGGUAGAUCCGGAGUGACUUCUCCCCCUUCCAGCUGCAACUCCCUCGGUGCCCCCUACCCACCUAGCUAUGGGGACAGAGACUUCCCCGCCCCUUCUUCCUCUUCCUCUUCCUCGGUGUACCCAGCUUGUUUCCCAGAAGGACAUUCCUUCGGGGCUCGGCUGAUGGACCCCCAGUACUCAGGUAGCCAAGAGGAAAUCCUCUUCGCUCAGCCGGUCAGCUCUUGGAGAGCCCAAGGGGAGGGAAGGGGUCCGCCUCGGGAGGUUGGCGGAGAGAUGGAAACUUUUGAAUGGAUGAAAGUUCAGAGGAAUCCGCCCCGAAGAAGAACAGGUGAGUUGUUGGCGAGCAGGCCCCGCUCGGAUCUAAUUGGAUGAGUAGCUGGCGCGCGCGCAACAUCACCGGAUACUCCAGGUACCUCAAAUUGGUAAUAGAAAGUCAUCUAUCACGCGCGGAGAUGUCUGUAUCCAUUGGGCGUCUGAUUUCUAAGCAGCUCACGUUUGGCGAUUGUAAUAACUUAUUCUCACGGCUAAUGCGAAGGCGAUUUAGCAUUCUCGGAGCAUAAGGAUUUGAGGCAGAGCCAGAAAGAGAGAGAGAGAGCAAUCCUUAAAUAAAAAAUAAACAGCGUUUUGUUGUGAUUUUUGUUGUAUGUUCGUUUUGGCUUUAAGCGGGGGUCUUAGGUCUCUCUUUGAAAGGAUAACGCGAGGGGUAAUUUUCCUUCAAGUUACCCACUCAAAGAGAGAAAUUUUAACUAUUUACUGUUCAGAAUGGGUGCCCUCAAGAAAGCAUUUGGUUAGGAAUCGACUGUCUGGCGAUCAUGAAAACGCUGGCAAUUUAUUGUUUCAAAAUAAUAUUUGUAUUUCGGGGAUUUUUUAAUGCCCAGUUUUUGUUCUGAAUGUGAUAGAUAGAUGUAAAAUAAAAAUAAAAAAUACAUCCACCAAAGUAGAGGCGGAAACUUUGUAACGACCUUUCAAAAGUGCUUUUGCCAUUAUAUCGGAUUAAAAUCCGAUAGCAGCAAACCUACAGACUGAAGUAUCGGCAGCCCACUAUGGAUACUAACGGGUUUCGACUGCAGCUAAAGUUAAACUUCCUGGUAAACUUUCCCCCACCCCAAAAAAGGAGUUACUCCCAAAUAAAUAUGUUUAAGAUAUCGGAACGUUAAAUGUAGCAUAAUUUUAACCCUCCUUCCGAUACACGAAAUCGUGGGAGAAGGAACCAUUCAGAUAUUACCAGAAACGAUCAAUUUCUCUCUCCUAGCCCCACCCCCCAACGUGCCCCAUUUCAAUCUGUCAGCGCUACACCAUCCACGCCUGGCGAACUUUAACCACCCCAACACAAAUACAUUUAAAAAUAGGUGAAAUUGUCUCUUGACGAGGAGAUGCGAGUUCUAGGUUCUUUUGACACGGCCGUUGCCAGCAGAUCUUAACACGCACGUGACCUCUUGGUGCAUGUGUGAAUUUUGUGCAUAGUGCUUGUUUGUUGCCAAAUAUCAGGCUAGUCCUCAUGGAUUUGGGGGGCGUGCGGAGAAAUUUCUGAAAGUCUGCUGAACUUCCAAACAACAGGUUGGGAUCCGAAGCAAAAUCUUUCACGGUCUGUGUUGGAUCCGCGCGCCCCUUUCUUUCUGUGGGAUCACCAGGGCCUGAAAGUUUCUAAAGUCAAGCAAAGUUACAACGUGCUGGAUAGAGAUUUCUUUAUUUAAUAUAGCUGUUGUUCCCAACGGGAUUCUGGAGAGCUGAGCGUUCUUGUUGCUGUUUUGUGACUGGGGCUUGUUUGUUUGUUCCUCGACCAGUUUGUCCUUUCUGCGGUUAUUUUGUCUUUGGGGUGGGUGGGUAAUAGAAUUUAUACACACACUCAGACAUUCCCUCUGGGUGGGAGAAGACAAUAAAAGUAUGUCCCCAAAACGAAACAGAACCAUGGUAGCCAGUCUCGUCCUUUCGGAGGAGGUAGACUCGGGAGUAGGGUUCUUCCAGCCCCAAACCGGGAUCAGUUGUUAAGCCCUUGAACGGGAAAAGGCUGCAAGAUUAAGGAAUCAUUAACCAAACUGGACAAUGUACGACAUCCCCCACCCAUCAAAGAGGGCGCCCGCCCGCAUUCCGACCUGGGAGACCAAACUUCCUCUAACUCCAAAGCAGAGAGCAAUUGGAUACUUUGAUAGGCGCGCGUCUUGGUCGUCUCCCUUUCGCCGUAAACGGCGCGCGUAAAGGGAGCCCCGGAAGCCAGAAAUCGGAGAGAAACGGGCUACAGAUUUCAGUGCCCCCGCAUCCAGAAAGAUUUUGGUGUGCGAACUUCUUAAUGAUGCAUAUAAUGUGAAUGUGUACACACACACACACACACACACACACACACAGAGAGAGAGAGAGAGAGAGAGAGAGAAUGGAACCAUUUUCUUUCCCGAACUACUAUACUUUCUUUCGUUUCGCCUUGUGAAAUUUAUUCUGGAGGAUUCCUUGUGCUCCUGAAUAUAAUUCGAUCCGAAAAGAUCCAAGUCUUCGUCUCCUUUUUCUCCUCCCGUGGGGCAAUAAGAUUAAGUUGCUUCGCGACUGGCGGUGAGGUUUACUUGCUUGUUUUAUAGGGUGUUUUUUCAAUGUCUAAAUUAGGAAUAUUUUUUAAUUGUUUCCAAAACCAUUACGAGGACAUACAGACAAAAAACGUCAUUUUAUAUAGCUGUUUUUUUUGGGGGGGGGGUAAGGCUAAACAAAGAAGAAGAAGAAGAGAAAGAAUACAAAGUAAUUAAUUGGAAGACAUCUGAUUUGUGUCGAAAUUUUCUAAAGCUGGUUUACACUGUGAAGUCCGAAGUUCCUCCAAGUUUUAGGGAAAGCGGGGGAGGUCGCCACCAUCCUUCGCCUUUCCAGAUCUGUCAGCCUUCGAGAUGCGUUCUCUAUUCGCGGCUUCCUAUAUCACUGAUAGUAGAGAGAUCUCGGCGGGGGGAAAUAUUGUCUUCUUCUGUGGAUCUUGGGGUGGGUGGGUAGGAGGAGAAUCUCUGUUUCCAAGCAGAGGACUUCUCCACUUUCAAGGAACUGAUGGUCCCUCGUGUCUGUAUAAUACGCUUUUAAUAUCAUUAUAUAUACAUACACACACAUAUAUGCAUGCACACCAACAAACGCACACCUUUUGUUUGUUGUUGCCUUUAACAAUAUGAACACUUUCCCCAUUGCUUAUCAUGGAAACGGGGGAAGAUAAACAAAGACAAUAGAAAAGUGUGGAAGGCGUAUAAUUUUUAAUAUAGGCUGAGACCUGAUCCAAAAUACUGGCAUGUCUUUAUGGUGCCAGCGUGUUUAUUUGUGUUUAAUAUGACUCUUUAAAAAAAUGAUGCAUUCGCUUGUUUCCAAGCUUGGGAAAGUAAGUCACGCUAAGGAGAAUCUUUUCUUCUUGUUAUUUUUCUGUAGGUGGAAAAUACAAAUAUUAAAAAUGGCAGGUUUUUGGGGGUUUUUUAAGCUUAUGUUUUGCAAGGAGCCUGCCUUUGGCUGGCAUAGAGGUUUGAGAAAUGGGGGGAAUUAAAUACAGGCGCUCGAGAUACCAACAUAUUUGGAAGAAGUCAAAUUCGCGUUGCGUCUCUGCAAUUUAGAAAGCUGCAUAAGACAGAAUGGGGCGGGGCGGGGCCAGGGAAAAAGACGUUUCGUUUCAUUUCAAAGCGAAGGCCAUUUUUUUCUAAAAAUAAUCCGGAUCUUUAAACAUUGCCCUCUGCUCUGGCCUGCCACAUCUAUCAAAACUCUGUCCCCUUUCAAGCGAGUUCGUCCUUUCAAACCUUGGUUAACUGUUGUGUUGGCUCCUUCGGCCCAAGGCAGCUGAAGUUUAGCUGCCAUCCAUUCUACACCUCCUAACACAAGAGGAAAGGGCAAGGAUGCUUUUGUUUUGUUUUGUUUUUUAAAAAAGCAAAACAGUCUACCAAGCUGAAGAGACGCUUCCUUAGCUUUAGAACCGGGAUGAGUUAUGGUUAUGGCACUGAGAGAGUUAAUAGCUCCUGUUAGGGCAGCGAUCCUGGUAUGCAGGAAGCAAGACAGGUAGCAAACACCGUUCAACUCUUGAGGGGGUGUGUGUGGAAUGCCCACACACCAUCCUGCCCAAUUCCUUCACUCAAGACCACCCUUCCAAACCUUCCAGAUAGUAUGGACUCAAAAUCCCACUAAACUCAGCUUCCACUGCCAGUGGUCAGAAGUGAUGGCAAGUGUAGUUUGGCAACAUCUUGGGGGCACCAAGUUGGGGAAGGCAGCCUUGGAGCAGUCCUCCUCCUCUUCCUUCAUUAGAUUUCUAUAGCACCCUUCAUUUGAGGAUCACAAGGUGGUUUACAGUAUAAAAGCACAAAAAUGCACAACGUAACAACAAAUAAAAAAAUGCCCCCAACACACAGUUUAGAAGGCCUUAGGUUGAUUACUUAGCCAAAGGCCGGGGAGAAGAGGAAUAUUUUUGCCUGGUGCCUUAAAAUGUGUGUACGUAAUGAAGGUGCCAGGCGAGCCGCCCUGGGGAGAGCAUUCCCCAGAUAACGCCUUUCUUGUGUUGCCACCCUCAGGAGCUCUUGAAGAGGCACAUGAAGAAGGGCUCAGAUGAUGAUCACAGGGUCCAGGUCAAUUAAGAUGGGGAGAGCCAAUCCUGGAGGUAUUGAAGUGUUAUGGUAUUGAGGUAUCCAUGUGUUCUAACACAAGUGGUUUUAUUUAUUUGUUUAUUAAAGAUAUAUACCUGCCUCCCAUCCAGAAAGAUCCUGUUGUGUUCCUCUGAAGAUGUUCUUUUCUUGCCACCGUUCAUUGGUUGCUUCUCUUUAGAGUGCAUCAUUUUGGCAUCUUCAGUCGAGGCUAGUCCACUAGAGCUCAGUCUACUCUCAUCCAGACCCCACCUGCCUGCCUGCUUGCCUUCUUACUUAUCUCCCUCCUCCUGGCCUUGCAGAAUUCAGCAGGGAGGACAAUUCUAGAAUUAGUUGAGUUGUCACUGGCUACCUGUCAUUGGCUCUGGUUCCACUACUGUUGGGCUCCCCACCUUCCAUCCCACCAGUCCCAACAGGGACCAGUCAACACUGGGUAUCCUUUGCCCUAACUCCCUCUCUCUCCUCACAGCAUUUAAUUAUUUGAGACACUCUCCAGGAAGUAUGAGACACAGGAAAAAACUGAGACAGUGUCAACAGGAAGAAUGAAAGUGACUUGAUGAUGAAAGAAGAAUGAAUGGGAAAACUUUGGUCCUUCAUAUGCUCUUGGUCUCCAGCUCCCAUCUGCUCCCACCAGCAUGGUUGAUGGCUAGCAGGGGUGCCAACUUGAAUAAAAUAUUGUGGGGGCCCCAGGUAAGCCCUGCCUCGCAUAAUUGAUCACAUGAGGCAGUGCACACACCCCCAUUUGAAUGGGAGUGUCCAUCAACUUUGAUGGAGCCUGGCUCCCUCGAAAAUUUCAUUGUGGGGGCCGGAGCCUCCACGGCCCCUAGGAUUUGGCUCCUAUGAUGGCCAGGGAUGAUGGGAGUUGGAGUCUAGCAAGCUCCAGAGGACCACAGCUUCCCCACCCCGGUAGAAAUCUUCACACACUACAUUUUUCUAAGGUGUCUUAAGGGCAUCCUGAAAUGUGCAAAGUAAUAUAUAUGUAAAUAUGCCACCAAUACAUGUUGGCAAAUGCCUCAGUGAAUGCACUGAAUGCACUCAGCUUUAGCUUCCAGGUGAAUGCACAGUGGAAAACUUGGGUUUGCUGCUGUGGUUGUGUGUAAAAUGGGACACAGAAAGAGGAGAGAACAGUAUCAGAAUUGGCAGGGAUGGGGAAUGGGACUUGAAUAUCCAAGCCAGCAUCCCUUCUUAUCCCAGAUUUCUAACCUUCUCUGAAGACUUGCGUAUACAAGAAGCCUAGACAACACUUGAUUUCUAAUUUCCUGAACAGAUUCUAGUCAUUUCCCUGAAAUGUGUGGUGUUUGUGAUGAUGCGACGUUUCAAUCUGUGCUGCUUGAUCUGCAGUGGCUCAUUCGCUCAUCCAAAUUGUUGCUAGAUGCAUGAAGUGAUGGGCAUGUGUAGAAUGAACUCCAACCAAGGCUUUAGGCCAGGGGAAAAGGCACAGCUGCUUGACCCAGUCCUGAAUGAGCGGGCACCAGCAUUGGCUGUGGAAGCCUGUGCUAUGGAUUGCCUGUUGGGAGAGGAGGGUAGGUAUAAACCAAACCACAUAGCCUGUCUUGGGGGGAAAAUAGCUGAGCACAAUUUGCAUAAUGGGUUUUCCUGAUUAGCUUUGGAGAUGCACCAGGAACUUGUAGGAGGGAGAGUAUUGCUUCCACCACCCCACCCUGCUACUCCUUUGAACACCUCCAGUUCUGACCUCAAGGCACAGCCAGUCCAGGCCUGCCCAUACAGCAAGUUGCCCCAAAAGUCAUUGAAAAUGUUGCAAGCUUUCUGCACUGCAGAUUCUUCAGGUGUUCAGGGCAAAAGCUAUUUAAAAACUGGAUCUUAUCAUACAUCCAGACUGAUCAGUAUCUGGUCAAACUGGCUCUUAAAUUUUUUUAAUGCCAUUUAAUUUAGACAUAUAAUUAAGUUAACUUUAUCUGUGUGUUUUUAAAGUUCUUUUGAUCUUAUCUAUUCUUAAUUAUCAUGGUUCUAUGCACACUUGUGUGUAUAUGUUUUUAAUGAUGCUGGCUUUAUGUAUAUUUGUCUUUCAUUAGACUGUGGGUUUUAGCUGUGUUUUCUUUCCAGUUUUAUGUGUAUGCCACAUGGAGAGCUUCUUCAUAAAGUGGUUUAGAAAUAUUCUAAAUAAGGGGGGUCGGAGAGGAUUCAAGCCAUAGUGGGAUUUUUUGGAGUAGAAAAUGGACUGGGGCAAAUCAUAGCAGUAAUAAUAAACAAAAUGAUCAUAGGUUUAUAAUAAUAUAAUAAUAAUUUAUUAUUUAUACCCCGCCCAUCUGGCUGAGUUUCCCCAGCCACUCUGGGUGGCUCCCAAUCAAGUAUUAGAAACAAUACAGCAUUAAAUAUUAAAAACUUCCCUGAACAUGGCUGCCUUCAGAUGUCUUUUAAAGAUAGGAUAGCUACUUAUUUCCUUCACAUCUGAAGGGAGGGUGUUCCACAGGGCGGGUGCCACCACCGAGAAGGCCCUCUGUCUGGUUCCCUGUAACCUCACUUCUCACAGGGAGGGAACCGCCAGAAGGCCCUCAGUGCUGGAUCUCAGUAUCCGGGCGGAACGAUAGGGGUGGAGACGCUCCUUCAGGUAUACAGGACCGAGGCCGUUUAGGGUUUUAAAGGUCAGCACCAACACUUUGAAUUGUGCUUGGAAAUUACAAACUAUUGAAACUAAGUGGUCUACUCCAAGUAAAACUUGGUUGAAUACCACUCACAAACAGUACCCUGAGUGAUGCUUCCUUCUUUUCAUCCUUAGUGAAGUUACAUGAUACCACAGCAGACAGGACAACUCCCCCCUCCUCUCCCAGAACCAACUUCACCACCAAGCAGCUGACAGAGCUGGAGAAGGAAUUCCACUUCAACAAAUACCUGAGCCGAGCCCGCCGGGUGGAAAUUGCCUCGGCCUUAUUUCUCAAUGAAUCCCAAGUGAAGAUCUGGUUCCAGAACCGCAGGAUGAAGCAGAAGAAAAGAGAGAGAGAAGGCCUACUGUGGGGAACUGCCGCUGGCCACAGUGGGCAGGGCUCUUCCUCUUCCGACAAAUCAGAUCUUGCCUCUCCAGCAUCCUCCCCGAGCAGGAGCAAUGAGGACACCAUCACUCCACCUCUUUGACUGGGAAAGAAAAGAAAGAGGCAUUCGUUGAGCCUCUUGGCAUUGUUGUGUAAGUCCCAAAGUCCCCUUCAAGGGAUGUAAGGGAUCUUUGCAGAGAAGGAUAGGGAAGGACAUCAGUGUUCCCCUGUGACCACAAAUAUGACAAACAGCACAUUGGGCUGUCAGGUGAAAUUCAGUAGGGAUGUGUGCGUAUCCGUCUAUUUUUUACUGGACCAGCCUGGUGAAAAUCCAAAAUAAUUUAUAUACUCUGAUGUUCAGAUGAACGGAAGGGUUCUUUUGCAGCGAGUUGUGCCCGCAUGCAGUUACACAAGAAACCCAGGAAAUGCAUUAACAAGGCAUUUUCAGGCACAGAAGUUCUGGGAUACACAAUCACACACUUCCAUCUUUUUAAAAUCACAUUCUCCUCUCAGGUCAUUACCCUCCACAUUCCUGUUACCUAGCAGCGCAACCCUACUAAUCAGAAUAAGUGGGUACCAUCUGCGUUUGAUGGGACUUAAUCCCAGGUAACUUAUAUGGGACUUACAUCUGAGCAGAUAGGCAUAGGGUUGAUCUUUUAAGGGAGUGGGUUCUUCAUUCCCAGCUCUGAUUUAGGUACCUAGCUGGCCAGUGUCGUCUUGUGUCUUCUGUACAGCUUAGUUUCAUAUCUAAUAGUCUAUGCAGUUUGAUGAUGCUUCUUACCAAAUUUCUGUUGCUUGCUGGACUCUGAAUGGAGGGUAGAAUACUCUUCCUUGGAGGCAACUGGAGGCUUGGGCUCCAUUAAUCUGUUUCCAUUAAUGUUUAGUAACAUAUUUAUGGAUAAAUAUUCUAGCAGCACACCAUGGAAUGCUUAGGAUACCUCGUCAUAGGAACGUCUCCAGUCAGGGGUGCCAACUUGAAUAAGAUAUUCUAGCAGGGGGCAUGUAAGCCCCACCCCACAUAACUGAUUGCCAGGUGUGGUGCAUGCACACCAUUUGAAUGGCAAUGCCCACCAACUUUUAUUGCCCCCCCCCCUGAAGGGACCUUGGUCCCUGGGAGUGGGCUCCUGUGUCUCCAUCAAGUGGAUGACACAGGUGUUGACCCUGUUAGCCUUAUCGUGUGAAUUUUCACUGAGACAAAGCUUAAGGGACCAAUUGGUGGAGUUUUAGAACAGGGUCCAGAAGUCACUUCAUGGGAUUGACUCAGAAGCAAAACACUUUGGGGGGGACUUUUCUUGUUGUGAUAUUGGCUUACUGAAGGUAACUCAGAUAGACCCAUCCCCAAGACCUUUCUGGCCCACCAGUAUGGCCCCCCUGGUCCUUUACGUUUUUUACCUAUGCCCCCCCACAUUGGUCCUUUACGUUUUUUACCUAUGCCCCCCCCCACAUUUGUGAAUCACCAAGAUAGACCGAGAUAGCAGGAGGGUAGUCAAUAGAUAAACGGCAAAGUCCCUUGCGUGUGGUUCCUUUCACAAGGCAGUGUCAGCUGGUUGACAUCAAAGCUGUUUGCCCAUACCAGGGCAAGAAUUUCUCCCAAUUUUGCCGAGUAUAAAACAACUUCCUCAUUAAACAGAGAGGAAGAGAAACAUUCACAGACUCUUUGCAAAAUACGACAGUGAUGGUAAUUGUGCUAUAAAUAGCGCUGGCAGAACAAGGAGCAGUCAUUGCCUUAGGAAUGAGGAGUGUGUAGCGGCAAAGAUUUUGAAAAGAUAGUUUCGCAAGUGAGCUCUGGCUUAAUUUGCCUUAAUAUGGAAUAUCAUUCAGGCUGCAAUCCCAGCAUGGCAUGUAUGAGUGGAAGUGAGUUUCAUGCAAAGGUCUUGCACUGCCAGGAUCUUCCUCACAGUAUGCAACCUUUGGCUGAGAGGACAUCUGUCGUCCUUCACUAUCAAGCAGCCAGCAAACUUGCAGAGGCACAGGAUAAGAUUGUGUUGCUUUUGGAGUCCACUUUUUUUAAUACUUUGUUUCAGCCAUAAAUGGUUAACAGUCUCCAACAGCAUAACAAUGAUCAAAUAACAGAUAACACUACUCUCACAAACAUGCUCUCAGAGGCCAUUCCUGUACUGGGGAACAAUGGCCAUUUCAUUAGCUUAAAGUAAGGAUUGGAUUUGGAAGAAGGGAAAGAAGCAAGAUGUUCUUCAGAGUCAACUGGGAAGGAAAAGAGAUGGGUAUAUGCUGAUCAGCGCACACAAUCCAUGCUGCUCUUCAGAGCAAGCGUCUUCAAUAUUUUCCAAAUCUGGGACCUAGCUUUAACCCAAACAUGCACUUGGGAAUCUAUUUCUUAUGGCUUUUUUUGCCGUAUAUUUCUAUGUUGGCACUGCUGCUCUUGCAACUCAGCUUAGAUCGGUCCACAUGAACAUUAGUGGGUGUGGACCCACCAGUUAACCAAUGUUCUAGAGUAAGGGUAGCCGGUGUGGACUAUAACUCCCCUCAGCCCUGGUCAUUGGCCAUGCUUGCUGAUGCUAAUGAGAGCUUUCCUAUGCUCAGAACAAAAUUUGGGCCUUAGCCCUACAAUCUCAGAGCAGAAAAACACAGGUUGUCCACUGAGAAGGGCGGUGUGUGUGGAGCUCUGCAUUUUCAUAAGUUUAUAGAAGUUAAUAAAGCAAUUACAAAAUAUCUACCUCUAAAUUUGCCUGGACUAUCAGAAGGAUGACACGGGUUUAUUAUGUAUUUAUUAUUUGUGUGCACUGUUGGCAUUGGCGUUUGAUUCAUGCAAGCAAAUAAAGUGAGGGGGAGAUACCAGAUGGAGAAAUUAAAAUCUUGCUUUGAUCAGUACUCUGCAUGCUUGGCUUAUUACACUUUCUCUCCACAUUUCCUCUGUGGAGUUCAGAGAUGCUUAUGAACAGUUCCUAGGUGGGUUUUACAGGGUAUGUAAGACAGUUGCUUAGCCUUAGCAGGAGAACUGCAUCAUGCGACUUCAGACUAUUAAAAUUCAGACGGGAACGGAGGCUGUGCACAUACUAGCACAUGCUAUAUAUUUAAAGCGCAUUUGAAGCACCAUCUUUCUCUCAAAGAAUUAUGGGCACCAGGGCCGGCCCACCCAUGAGGCGGGCUGAGGCAACUGCUUUGGGUGGCGGAACCCCAAAAGGUGGAACCCCGGAGGGAAAAUCCAGAAAUAUGGCAACCCAUACUGGAAGUCUAGUUUCUGGCAAAUUUCGGCUCACUGCAAGUUUCACUUUUUGAAAUACGGCAACCCUAGCCGCCACACACCUAGGCAAGAGUAGCUUCAGCAGCGGGGCAAGGCCUUCCCAUUUUGCCUCAGGUGGUGAUACAGGACAGACCACCCCAGACACUGUAGUUUAUCCCUCACAGAGUUACAAUGCUCAACAACCCUUAUCAAACUACAGCUCCCAGAAUUCUUUGAGGGUAGGGAGACAUGUGCUUUAAAAGUACAGUGUGCGCACAGCUGAGAAGAUAAAUGUUGGAUGUUGAUAUUGUUUGGUAGGCCAACUGUGCUAGGAGGAAUAUGAUCAUGGAAACUGUAAUCCAUAAAACAUUCACUCAUUAAAAACUCCCUUGAUGUCAACAAAAGUAUUCAAGAGAAAGUGGUUUGUGAGCUGCAGCCUUUAUAAGUGUUGUUGUUCUGCUGGUAUCAGUGAACGAGGCAGCAAUAGUUUUUUGGGGGGAAACCUUCUAUUUAUCUAUUUCAUACUCUCAAAAAACAAGUCAUCAUUUGAGGAAAGAUUGACAGAGCUGUUCAAAUUUUACUGGUCUUGUCAGCAACAGAAAACAAACAAGGAACCAAGGGAAACAAACAGAACGCCAACCCAUGCCUGAAUCUGAAAUGAAUAUUGCAGAUGAAAUCAUGUUGCUGAAUGUUUGUUUACCUUGUUCCAGGGUUCAGACUUUCAGAGAAUUUGGAUCUGGGGAGUGGAGACCACUGGGUAUUAGGGAUUGAGGAGAAAGCCACUUUUGCUCACAUUUUACUUAGAAACCAUCCAAGGUGCAUUUCUCAAAACAAUGAGUGAAUUGAAACACAGCUAUUCCUGGAAACUGGUACGUCUCUGAAUUUCACAAUGCCGUUCUCCCACCAUUGUGUACAAAAAUGUGCAUGUUAGGGAAAACUUUGCCUCAAAAUGCAUAGACAAUAGAGCAUAAAAUGCUAUAUAUAUGGAGAAAUUAGCUUUAUUAAGCAAAAUUUCAUCUAAAAAUGUGUGUGUCAGAAGAAAAAUGCACUAAAAUGUCAAACAAUUCUUGUGAGAACCUUCUUUAAAAAGAAAAUGACAGGCUUAUGUGAAAAUGUGAAGAACUGGCCUUAGGACUGAAAAAAUGAGAAACUAGGAAGAAUCAAAAUUGGCAAUUUCACCCAUUGCUAUUGGCUAAGAUCCCCAAGUGAUUUAGAACACUGAAUCAUCCGGGUUCUAAAGUACAGGGGGAAUCUCUAUCAGUAGAGGAGAGCACACACAGGUUCAGAAGAUGCCCAACUCAGCAAGGGCAAUAAAGGAAAGGUGAUGUUCCAGAAGGAGACUGGCUUGUCAGCAUGUUCUCACCCUUCCUUGUUCACCUGAGCGAACACCUGAAGAGGGCUCCUGUUGUUCUUGCACAGAGGAUUAUGGGAGACAUCAGUUGAUGGUGGCGGUGAUGAGGGUGAUUUGCCAUUUCAUGUAGCACUGAAGCCUAUACCGUUGCUUCAUAUUCCUAACAACCUGAAGUGUUAUUUCCUUUAGAUCACACAUGGAGGGGGCAGGGAUGAAGCUGAGAGGAGAGUGGCUUGGCUAAGACCACCUUGCGAGUUCCUAACUUAGCUGAGAUUUGAACUGGCAGCAUCUGAGACAUGGUGCCACAUCAACUUUCACCUAAGGUUGUUGUGAUGGUGCAUACCCUCUAACAUUUCUCCAAUGAAAAUAGGAAUGUCCUAUUCAAGACGAACAACUUUAUUAUUUAUACCCCGCCCAUCUGACUGGGUUGCCCCAGCUACUCUGGGCGACUUACAACAUAUAUAAAAACGUAAUAAAACAUG